UGUCUCUGUGUUCGUUCGGCAGGGGCCGUGCAAGAGUGGGAACGCACGCACGAAGGGGGUCUCCCGGGAGAUGGGGUUGUGAAGAACUUCAAUCUCCAGCCAUCCCGGCUUGCCUCAGCUUUCUAUUUCGCCCUCGGUUAUGGCGGCCAACAACACCACGCAACAGGCACUCAACGCCCUCACCAAACGAGACAUGAGUUCACAUUCGAGUUCGGCUUCGACUUCGCCGGCAAUACCCGGCGGCGAAUCUGGCUACGAGCCGUGGUAUCCCAACAACAUACCUCUGGAUUCGUCCAUUAAGCGCUUCAUCACCCACUUCUUCGAGGUCUCGGAUGACCCGGACCGGAAUGAGGAGUGGGUCGGAUUAUUCGAUGAGAACGCGACGGUGAUGAUAGGGAAUGAUGUGGCCAAGGGGAAGGAAGAGAUCCGUAAACUCAGAGAGCGUAUGUGGAAAGAGGUCGAAGCGCGCAAGCACCGGUUGGUAAAAGUGUUCCCGGCCAGCUUCUCCAGCGAGCGCACUGCGGUUGUGUCGAUGCAUGAAGCCGAGUAUAUGCUAUUUGGGGCAGCGGCGUUUAGGAUGAGAGAUGAGGCAAAGGAGGAUGCAGUGGUCGGGUGGGCUGGGCAUGCGCAGCUGAGGAGGGACGGAGUGACUGCGCCGUGGCGGUUGGGGUUUUAUCGUGUAUAUAUCCAGAGGUGAGCGAUGCUCGGCACGCACAGUCGAGGCGACUUCAUUUUACCCAUCGAGCCAUUCAAGUGGUGUUGGUCUGUCAUGUGGUCUUUCGGUUUGUUCUCUCGAGCCAAAGCUACAAGAAGAGCCUGGCGGGGAAUGACGUGUUGGCUUUGGGGGAGGGUGCGGGGUGACGGGGAGUGACCCUGAUGUAACUCCACCGACUCAUCCGGCAAGAUCAUGCUCCAACAACUCGUCCGCAAGGGACCGCCCAUCUAUGG